GCGGCGGCCCCGCCGCGACACUGCCGCCGCCGCAGCCCGAGAUGAAGCGGGAUCCGCAGCUCCCCGAGGAGAGCCCCGAGCCACCGCCACGCCCGCCCCUCUCCUCCUCCUCCUCCUCGCCCCCGGGGCAGGCGGAGGGCGCGGAGCUGGCGGCGCCGGUGUGGAUCUUCGGGUAUGGCUCGCUGGUGUGGAGGCCGGGCUUCGAGUUCACGUCGCGCAAGGUGGGCUUCAUCCGCGGCUACAGCCGCCGCUUCUGGCAGGGGGACACCUUCCACCGCGGCAGCGAGAAGAUGCCCGGGCGGGUGGUGACGCUGCUGGAGGACUGCGGGGCAUGCACGUGGGGUGUAGCCUAUGAGGUCCGUGGGGAACAAAUUGCUGCAUCACUCGAGUAUCUCAACAUGCGAGAAGCUGUCCUGGGAGGCUAUGACACCAAGCUGGUGAAGUUCCACCCUCAGGAGAAAGAUGCAGAGGAACCCAUCCUGGCUCUUGUUUACAUUGCAACACCCCAGAACCCUUCCUACCUUGGCCCAGCAUCUGAAGAAGACAUUGCAGCUCAAAUCAUUGUCUCAAGCGGUUGUGCUGGUCAUAACAUAGAGUACUUGCUGAGACUGGCAGACUUUAUGCGCUACUUCUGUCCUCAAGCAGAGGAUAAACAUCUCUUCUCCAUCGAAGAGGCUCUUAUUUCCAUCCUUCCUUGUCUAUACUACACAGAGGAGCCUCUAGAAGAAACUGCAAGUGUUCCUCAGAAGUCUAAGGGUUGAAAUAGGAAAUAUUUUUGCAGGGUUCAGUAGAAGGGACAUAAGGGAGAAGAAAGCAGUGGGGACAAUCUUAACUCUGCUCUGAUAAAAUAUACUGGACUGAGUGAAUAAACUAGCAAGUACUUGGGGAGGGAGGAAGUGGAGAGUAAAAGGCUUGCUAUAGGACUUGCAGUUAGUACUUGUUACACUCCUUAUCUGUAGCAUCACCAUACCCAUCACUGCUUUCCAGCUGAGGAGCUGGGAUCUUCACAGGAACUCUGCUCUGUAAGACUUGCUUACAGAGUUAAACCUGAGGCACUCAUUUUCUGUAGAGAAAGAGGCUCAUCUAUUCUGUGCACUUUCUCUUUUUUUCUUACCUUUUUUUUUUUCUUUGAAGACUAGUUGAGCAGGACUUGACUGGGUUUAAGCAGUAUCUAUGUAAUUCUACCUCAGAUUGGCAAAAAACUGUUUGUGUGGUGGUGGAGACUUUGGCAGAUUCCGCCAAAUAAAACCUUUAUUUUUUUUUUCCCCUGCCUUGUCCCACCUCCAAUGCAAUGACCUGACAUUAAUUUUAGAACGUUUGUGCAAUAUCAAGUGAACAGGCCUUUUCAUGCUCUUGUGGAUCCUACUUCCUUAUGUUGUGAAGGAUGACAGUAAUGCACUUAUUUUCUAAAAUGUCAUACUGUAUUUAUUAUGUGAUACAUUUCCUCUUAGGAGGGGUAUCUAAACUACUCACAUGCCACAGUGGUAUGCAGCCCACGCUCAACCUUGCAUUUGUGCCUUCUAGUUUUAAAUCCAUUUUCUGAGGAGCUAAGCCUGCUUUAAUGACAAGCUUUUCUCCAAGCUUCACUGUCCUUGUGCUGCUCCAGACGUAACUGACUCUGUAAGAAAAGGUCCUGCCUGCGUGGGAAGCCUGUGCUGCCUGCAGGAAAGCUGUCAGGAUGCAGGAGACGUUUAACUA